AUGUAUGAUGAUGUUCGAAUGGAAGUCUAUUCGCUUUCGAUGAGGGUGGACGAAUGCACACUUUCCGAGCGGAUGGACGAUGGCCAGAUAUAUUGCCUGCUGACCCCUACUGCUGCUGCUGCAGCUCACAGAGCGCUCAUUUACGGGCCAAAAGCAAUCCAAAAUGUGAGCAGCAAUUACUACACCAUGAUGAUUUCCAUGCUCAGCCUCCUCGCAACGGAUUAG